AUGGAUUACUUCGAGGUAUGCUGGUCGAUCUUCAGCACCAUCUGUCUCGUUAAUGUUGUUUUUGGUAUUUUGGUCUGUGAGAUUACUACAUUUACUGUUUUAGCUGCGGUGCCGAUCUUUUCGUCUGCGGCGGGAGCUAUUGCGAAUGGGCUUUGCUAUUAUGUUUACUACCUAAAGAAUCCUGUCAUCAACGAGGUGGUAGCCGCUGUAUUCUCGGACUUCUUCUGGCUGUUACAAGAAGCUAGUCUGCUGCUGUACAGUUAUAUCAUCCUGCAACGAGUUCUCCGACCGAAACAAUGGCGCAUCUUUUCCAUUCUGUUCUGGACCCUUAUGGUCUUGACGGCGAUCACCCGAGUCUUCAUUGCCAUCUAUCGCGCCAAGUUCCUGAUUGAGGGUGUCGCUGAGUUCGAAGUCAUCAUCAACUACCUUCACAUUGGCUACUUCACCUUCAUGGCCAUCUCCGAAUGCCUCAGCGCCUAUUUCCUUGUCGUCAUUUUCGCCUCAGCCAAGACAGCCAGUAUGAGCGCCGCUCUGAAAGUCGGUCUUUUGCGAUACUUGACACGCAGUACCGAAAUGCGUGUCGCUUUCUUGGCCGUCCUCGGCGUCGUACGAACUAUCAUUCAUCCGUUCCAAACUCCGGGUCAGAAGGCAGUCAACAUCGCAAGUCAAUUGGAUCGGUUCCUCUACGCUCUGUUCUGUCUAUAUCCAAUUGUUCUAUAUUUUGAUACCCUUGCGUCCAAGCUCCGUUUCAACGAGGACCGAUCGAUAUAUACACAUAGUGACCAAGCUGCUGGUAACCGCUACGGCUUGAGCACCCAGACAAGAUGCUACACGACAACGAAGUCCAAUUACGCCUCGAAGAUGUAUGGGGCUGAUACCCCAGGAGAUAGAAAUGCAUCACAAGAGCAGAUUGUUCCAGCCAAUGCAUCCACUCGCUCCGGGGUUUCGGAAGUUGAGAUGGAAGACAUGGAUGUUGAAGGAUUCGUUAUUAGAAAGACGACUGAGGUCACCGUCACAUAG